AUGGGAAUCCUACUGGCCAUGUGCCAAUGUGCUUAUUGCAUUCUUCGUCGAUYGACUUAUGGUGCUCGAYUGUUGAACAGCGUGAUAGAGAAMAUKUCUGUUCCAACAWUACCCGACUGUAUCUACAAAUGCAUUGAAAAGAAAACCCUSUGCCUGUCAAUCAACUAUCACCAUAACAACAGUGACGUCAAUCAAUGUUACCUUAACAACAGAACGAGACGAACGGCACCAGCGGAGGAUAUCAAAUCGGAUACUGGAUUCACGUAUUACGAAAAGGAACCCUGUAUUCCGAAUCCCUGUUUGUUUGGGGGUACGUGUUCUAAGGACAAUGAGACAAAAGAAUUCGAGUGUAUCUGCAGACCCAGGUACAAAGGGUYGCUUUGUGAAAUAGAGCCAUAUGGUUGGUCUUCGCGAAGGCCUGGGAAAUCUUGCAAGGACAUAAAGACAAGUGGUGACGGAGUAUAUGACGGGGAAUACUGGAUUGACCCAGAGGAUUCUGGGAGUGCUAUGCACGUUUACUGCGAUAUGAGCCACGAGGAAGGUGGAUGGCUGCUUGUCGCCAAUGUCGUUCUUCAAGAUCCAGCCAGUGUCCCACAGCCUGUUUUGCGCGAUUCCUAUCGUGAUAUUGCCAACUACAAUGAUAACAAAACAAUCCUUUCCCCCACUGCACUGAGACAAAUUCGUCAAGUUACCAAUUUUACUCAGCUCAGAUUUCAUUGUCGACUUGCAAGCGUAGGUCGUACUGUUCACGUGAUCACGGCAGCAAACUCCACAGGCUACGAUGUUAUCGACUACUUCAGUGCAGUUCACAAUAACCGACCUUUUGCUUGUAAUUCAUUCUACCGAGGUUCCGAUGAUGAUUCACUGCUUGCUGCUCAGUGCCAUCUAUGGUYAGAUGGAAAAUGGGGUUCAGGGACCAGAAUAAACAACUGGAGACUGAAUGACCAUACUUUUUAUGUACCAGGUCAGGUUCACUGGAUCACUAUGAGCUAUGUCACAUGUGAUUCAAGGAUAGCUGUCAAUAAUCCUGGUGAUUACUGGAAGAUUUACGUUCGAUAACUGAAAUACACCAAAAUGGAACAAUCGAUCAAUCAAUUUCUUCUUUGUUGUUCUGUGUGAACAACAUUUAAGUUUUCCUCUAAUCGAUUAAACAAGUACUAUCAAAUAUCAGCAUAUCAAAUUAGCACAAUAAUGUAAGAUACAAAGGCAUUAAAAACAUAAAAAUCCUAUUCGUUCCGAAUAUUUAAUAUUGAAAGAACCUUUUAGCUGUUUUAGUAUAUCAGAUUUUUCCUUGAAAGGGUAUCACUUGUAAAUGGAUCGCUCCAAGUCUGAAGUGGCUGACCACGUCUGGUGUUCUUUUCAUCAGAAAAGUAUUUUUUUUAAUGUAGCUAAUGUUUGGUAAGCACAUAUGUGCAAUCCAAUAGCCGACUUUAGAUAUUUUGGUUCAGUGACAAUGCACAAAAGAAUUUCAGACGAGGCUCCGGGGAAGUAAAAGAAUAAAUCAAGAUUAUCCAUUGUUUUCCCGGAGCCUCGAGUGCGUUCUUUUGCACAUAGUCAACGAACCAAAAUAUCUAAAGUUGACAAUUUAGUAAACAUGAGGUGUGUCCUUCAUAAGCUGACAAAAAAUAGUGAUCAAUAAAUCAACAUAACUGAAUGCAUAACAUUUACCAUUCGCUGGCUUAACUUUUAAUAUCUUUCUGAUCAAAUAACCAGAGUAAAUGUUGAAUUGACCUUUGAUGAAAAAAGCAAAGCCGAAUGG